AUGGUGACCUGCGAUGGCGAGAGCACAGCCAGCGGCAAGGACGACAUCACACACAACGACGACGGCCAGAGCAGAGCCAAGGGCGCGGGUGAACGCCCAGCGAAAAACGACAGCGAAAGCCCAGUGACCAGCGAUGGCGAGUGCAACAGCACACAUAACGACGACGGCGAGAACACACUCAACAGCGAGGGUGACCGCCCAGCGAAGGACGAACGCGACAGCCCAGCAAUAGCCGACGACUACAGCCCAGCGAACGACAGCGAAAGCCCAGAGACCAGCGAAGGCGAGGGCGACAGCACACAUAACGACGACGGCGAGAACACAGUCAACGGCGAGGGUGACCGCCCAGCGAACGACGACAGCGACAGUACAGAGAUUGCCGACGACUACAGCCCAGCGAACGACAGCGAAAGCCCAGUGACCAGCGAUGGCGAGGGCGACAGCACACGUAACGACGACGGCCAGAACACAGUCAACGGCGAGGCUGACAGCCCAGCGAAAGACGACCGCAACAGGCCAGCGAUAGCCGACGACUACAGCCCAGCGAACGACAGCGAAAGCCCAGUGACCAGCGAUGGCGAGGGCGAGAGCACACAUAACGCGACGGCGAAACACAGUCAAGGGCGAGGGUGA